GUCAUCGCGCAGCUCACGUCUCCAUUCGAUAACAGUAAAGAUGGCGCAGGAGUUGGGCCAUGGAAAGGGACUUUUCCUCGGUGUUUGACCGCGACAGUAUUGCUCCUGUUAUCAAAACGUCUCACUCAAAUUAAACAAUCUUGAGGGUCCACGAUGGCCCACCGGUACCUCCGGCUAUCGGAGGGGUGCAGGCACCUGCUGAGACGCCUGCUGCCGCCCCAGGUCGCAGUGGCUCCGAGCACUUCGCGCCUGGUGCUAAGUCCCACCGGGAGCCGGGCCGUAGCGGAGGGAGAUACCGUGCUAGCCGCGGUACUAGGAGCUGUGAGACGUUUCUGCGCCAAACCUCCGAAAGGGUUCGAGAAGUACUUCCCCGAGGGCAAGAAGACACCGUCCAGCGCUGAAGCGGCCAAAGAGGCCAAGCCAAGCAAUGGGCCGAAAAGCUCUGGGAGAUCGGGAGGAGGAGGGGGAGGGGCCUCGGGAGGAGGGGGAGGAGGAAAGAGAGGAGCCCGGAAAGAGGACUCCACUUGGCAGAGUCGUCUGCAGAAGGGUGAUGUGCCUUGGGACGACAAGGAAUUCCGACUGGUCCUCCUGAGCGCGGUCGCGUUCGGGGGCACCGUCACGUACCUGCUCCGGGACGGAGGCCGCGAGGUCACCUGGAAGGACUUUGUCAACAACUGCCUCGCCAAAGGAACGGUGGAGCGGCUGGAGGUGGUGAACAAGCGCUACGUCAAAGUGGUGUCCACUCCGGGGACGCCCGUCGAUGGGUACGUGUGGUUCAACAUCGGCAGCGUGGACACGUUCGAGAGGAACCUGGAGACGGCGCAGUACGAGCUGGGCAUCGAGGGGGAGAAGCGGCUGCCCGUGGUCUACUCCACGGAGAGCGACGGAACGUUCCUACUGAGCAUGCUCCCCACGGUGCUGAUCAUCGGCUUCCUGCUCUUCAUGGUGCGGCGGGGGCCGGGCGGGGCGGGGCGUCCGGGGGGGGGCAUGGGCGGGCUGUUCAGCGUGAGCGAGACCACGGCCAAGGUGCUGCGGGAGGAGAUCGAGGUGAAGUUCAAGGACGUGGCGGGCUGCGAGGAGGCCAAGCUGGAGAUCAUGGAGUUCGUCAACUUCCUGAAGAACCCCAAGCAGUACCAGGACCUGGGGGCCAAGAUCCCCAAGGGGGCCAUCCUAACGGGGCCCCCCGGCACGGGGAAGACCCUCCUGGCCAAGGCCAGGGGGGAGGCAGACGUCCCGUUCAUCACCGUCAACGGCUCAGAGUUCCUGGAGAUGUUUGUGGGCGUGGGCCCCGCCCGGGUAAGAGAUCUGUUUGUCCUGGCGAGGAAGAACGCGCCGUGCAUCCUCUUCAUCGACGAGAUCGACGCGGUGGGUCGGAAGAGGGGGAGGGGGAACUUCGGGGGCCAGAGCGAGCAGGAGAACACCCUGAACCAGCUGCUGGUGGAGAUGGACGGCUUCAACACGGCCACCAACGUGGUGGUCCUGGCCGGGACCAACCGACCCGACAUCCUGGACCCUGCGCUGAUGCGGCCCGGCCGCUUCGACCGGCAGAUCUACAUCGGCCAUCCCGACAUCAAGGGCCGGUCGUCCAUCUUUAAGGUCCACCUCCGGCCUCUGAAGCUGGACCAGAAGAUGGACAAAGACGCUCUGGCCAGGAAGAUGGCCGCCCUCACACCUGGGUUCUCAGGCGCUGACAUCGCCAACGUGUGCAACGAGGCGGCGCUGAUCGCUGCUCGCCAUCUGGCGGACUCCAUCGACCAGAAGCACUUUGAGCAGGCCAUCGAGAGGGUGAUCGGAGGUCUGGAGAAGAAGACCCAGGUCCUUCAGCCCGAGGAGAAGAAGACGGUGGCCUAUCACGAGGCGGGACACGCCGUGGCGGGCUGGUACCUGGAGCACGCCGACCCGCUGCUCAAAGUCUCCAUCAUUCCGCGGGGGAAGGGUCUGGGCUAUGCCCAGUACCUGCCCAAGGAGCAGUACCUGUACACGGCGGAGCAGCUGCUGGACAGGAUGUGCAUGACUGGGGGACGCGUGGCCGAGGAGAUCUUCUUUGGACGCAUCACCACCGGGGCGCAGGAUGACCUCCGCAAGGUCACGCAGAGCGCCUACGCCCAGAUCGUCCAGUUCGGGAUGAACUCGAAGGUGGGCCAGGUGUCGUUCGACCUGCCGCGGCAGGGGGAGAUGGUGCUGGAGAAGCCCUACAGCGAGGCCACCGCGCGGCUGAUCGACUCGGAGGUGCGCGGCCUCAUCAACGACGCCUACCUGCGCACGCAGGCGCUGCUGGUGGAGAAGAAGUCGGAUGUGGAGAAGGUGGCGCUGCGGCUGCUGGAGAAGGAGGUGCUCAACAAGGAGGACAUGGUGGAGCUGCUGGGCCCACGGCCCUUCGCCGAGAAGUCCACCUACGAGGACUUUGUGGAGGGGACGGGGGGCUCGGAGGAGGACACCUCCCUCCCGGAGGGCCUGAAGGACUGGAACAGGGAGAGGAAGGAGGAGCCGGAGGAAAGCCAGGAGGAGCAGGUUGCGCGGCAGAUCUCCAAGGACAUGCCCUUUUAAAGACCCUCCCCACACUCCUCCACCAAUCAGGAGGGUGCUGACGUCAUGGGACACCUUUUUCAUGAGGCCGGGGCGCACGGACUGGGAGCUCCAGGAAGGACUGGCCCAGUGCUCUCGCCUGCUGCCCAGAGAGAGAGCGAAGGACUGGGGGAGCGAGAGAGUCAAGCCCCCCAAACACCACCUCCACCAGCUCCACCACCUGCGUUCAGCUAGAGUUGUACCUGAGUUACUUAUUCAGAUGGUACCAUGAAAACUAUGAAUUAGUGAGAAUGAUGCUCUGUCACACGAAAUACUACUCCUUCUCCUCUUCUCUGGUGGAGGAGGAGGCUUUUAAGGAGAUUCUCGAGGACAUGGAUGUUAACUGGUGACCAAUGAAAUCUAGGGAAAAGCUGGCUGUAUUUUGAAGUCAAUUUUCAAGUCGUACCACCUUGUUGAAUUAUUGGCUGUCUUUUGUCAAACCAUUAUUUUUCAUCAAAUCGUAUAUAAAAAACUGUCGUAAAUGCAAAAAGAAUGUAAACCGGUCUCCAGGCGGUUACAUGGUUGUCUUUGUGUUGUACGUGGUUUAAGUUAAAUGGAGGAAUCGCCGUGAAGAAGAUAUUGAUCAGGCUCAUGGGUGGUGUGUGGUUCUUUUGAAAGCUGGGGCUUGCAGUAACCUUUAAAUGUUUCUCACCUGGUUUGCUCUGGUUCUGCCAUAAAACACUUAUAUGACAGCUGUGUCUGUUCUUGCAAUAAACUGCUGAAAACACUGA